GCGCUCGAGGAGAUGGCGGCCGCCCUGCGCGAGGAGGUGACGACCGCGCUGCGCGAGGAGAUCCAGGGCGCCGAGGAGCGCAGCAUUGCCGUGACUGGGGCGCUGCGGGAGGAGUUCUGCGCGCUGCGUGACCUCGUGAAGGCCGAGGCCCAGAAGCCCGACGCGGCCUGCAGCGGCGAGGGCGGCACUGGCGAGGGCACCACGCCCACAGGCGCCGGUGAGCUCGCACGCGAGCUCGUGGCCACAGAGCAGCAGGCGCGGUCCGAGGCGAUCGUCGAGUUGCAGAAGGAGUUCGCGGCUCUGCAGGAGAGCCUGUGCCACCUGAAGCAGGACUCUCACUCAGGCGAGGGCGACGAAGCCGCCCAGCGGCUGGCGGCUGAGCUCAAGGCCGAGACCGAGGCCCGGUUUCAGAAUAUAUACAAGCAGCCGAGAUACUACCAGAAGUGGGUUAGGAAAGUCCACAUGUGGAAGGCCAGGGCGCGACACUACAAGCCGAUGGCCGAGCUGGCCCUGGACCUUUCGGACGUCAUCACGGGCGAGGGCGCAGAGAUGAUCGAGUCCUUGGAAUGGACCCGGUUGUAUUCACAGGAUGGUAUUGAUUUGGUGAUCAACUCCCUCGCCGUGUUUGACGAGCAGCAGAUCCUACAGGUUGGAGACCUCAUGGAAGAGUACGAAGAAGUGGAGCGUCUGCCCGGUGAGCUGCUGGCCGCGUACGUCGCGCAUUUCAAGGAUCUCGAGAUGCGGCUCAAGCGGGCAGAGCUUCCAGCUCAGCAAGGGCAAUUUCGUGCAUUCAAGUUGUUGCGAAGUUCAUGUUUAUCGCCGGAGGUCCGGCGCAACCUUCUCCUCGCCACGGGCAAUGAGUAUGACUUCGACCGCCUCGUUCAGGCCGACAUUAUUCCCGAGGACGAGGCUGAGGAAAACGAAGAUGAAGAUGACCCCGAUCAAGCAGAAGUAAAUGAGGCUUACGCCGAGGAGGUUGACAGUAUCCAGGUCAUGCAGGAGGUGGCGGACGCUUUGACCGUCACCAGCGACAAGUUGAAGAAGCUGACCUUGGGCCGCGGGUGGACCGGAAGCGCCGCCCGGCAGGCCGCCGCAGACAUCGUCAGCACCGCCACAGAGAGGCACUGCGACGCCGCCGGCCGGCACGUCUUUUUCAGGAAGCAUUCGUGGAACAUUUACGGGAGACCGAUCCGGAGAUUCAAGAGCACCGGCGGCAUCUCAGAGGCCAGGGUUUCGCCAGACGUCUUCGAGGCCUUAGUCACGCACCUCUCGCCCGACGAGCUGCAGCAGCGCGUGGCCGCCUUCAAGAGCAGGGUCGCCACCAGCGACAAGGGGCUGGACACCUUGGGGGAAAGGGCUCAUUUCACCAAGAUCAACCUGUGCGACGUGCCCUUGAAGAUUGCCCCGAAUGGCCACUUGCUUCUGAGAGUCGACUCUUGGUUGAAGGAUGUGGGGUUCCCAAGGGAGCCCGAGGCCUGGAAGUUCACCCCCUCGGACGUCAUCAUCCCGGAGCCCCAGUGGAUCCCAGAGGAGGCCCGAUCGUCUCGUCGUACAGUUCAGCUGACGAGGCAGAACCUGGCGAUCAACGCGUGGACGAACCUGAUGCAGCUGAUCAUGAACCACCUGUCGCACAUCAUCGGUCGCAGUCGCGAGCAGUUCCGGCAGAACAUGGAGAUGUCGGACCGGAUGAUGGGCGCGAUCGCGCAGAUGGGCCACGAGAUGGGCUACCUGACACCGAUGGCGGACUCAGUGAAGGCGAUCGCGAGAGGAGCCGCACAGGUUCCGGAGAGCGUGCUGCCACCGCCGCCGGCACCAGAGAAUCAAGCCCAGAACUACUCACAGCUGUGCGAGAAGAGGGACGUGUGCGCCCAUCCGACAACGAGGAGGUACUACGCCAAGGGGUACUGGCUGAUCUGCGACCAGUGCGGCCGGCGGUGGAAGUCGGUCAACGGGAAGUGGAUCGUGGACGACAAAGAAGAUCCUCUUCCCUCCCCCGCGUCGGGGACCGAGAUGGUGAAGAGAGGCGCCUGGAAGCGCCUUCUCGGCAUUGCUAAGAAGACGACCGCAGCCUGCGAGACGCUUAUUAACGUGAGUCAAGAUGCCGAUCGCCGAGCUGCCGAUUUACGAGACGCGGAAUGGUGCUGUUCGGACGUGGCCUUCAUGGACAUUCCCGUUCCCGAGUUGCCCGACCACCGGUACCUGGACAACGAGUGCCAGGCGUGCGGCACCGACCUCAUCGAGGGCUGCGCAGGGACAGCAAGACCUACGCGACUAGCUUCACGCUUUGAGCUGAGGGCCUCGCCGAGCGCCGACAUAGAGGACGGCUGGGACUUGUCAACUACGCGAGGUGCUCAGAGAUGGAAAGAUCAGAUACAGAAAGACAAGCCACUCUACGUGAUCGUAGGCUUCCCCUGCACGCUCUGGUGCUCCUACAACGUCAAUGUGAAUUACGUCGACCAUCCCGAGCUGCUUGAGAGACUUCGUGCUCGGGAUCGACGGCUGAUUGACUUGAUCAAGUGGACCAUCAAGUACCAGGUGAAGCAUGGCCGGUUCUUCUUGUUCGAGAACCCGCCGACGUCAGCGAUCUGGAAGGACCUCCAGUUCGCCCCGCUCCUGCCCUUGGGCGAGACCGUUAUUGGCCAUGGGUGCCAGUACGGGAAGACAGGCAAGACUGGCCUGCCGAUUCGCAAGGCGUAUCGCUGGUUCUCCAACUCGCCGCCCGUGCUUGCGGCUCUGAGCCGCCGGUGCCCAGGACUUCGUCCGGAGUCCGGGGGCCACUUGCACGAUCAGAUUGAGAACUCGAAGUGGACAAAGGCCAGCGGCGAGUACACCGACGAGAUGGCCCACGCGAUGCUCCACGCGAUCCAGCAGGUCGCCGCCCAGAGGAAUCCGAGCAGGUUCGCCGACAUGCCGGUCGCGGCUACCGAGUGGGAGGUCGCCUACAACCACGCAGGUCCCAUCGAGGUGCUGUUCGCCUCGCCAGAGAAGGACCCCACCAGGUGGGAGGCGGUCAUGCAGGGCGUCCGACAGAUCGUGGGCGGCUCCGCCAGCCGAGGCGGGAACAAGGCCAUGCAUUACCUUUCGAAGUCAUCCACGCUCUGGAGACAGAUUAGCCAGCUCGUCCCGUGGGACCUCACGAUGAUCCAGCUCGCGAAGACAGCCAAGCAAAGGAGGUUCCCCAUCAACAAGGAGCCGUGGUCUCACCGGGGUCACUGCUACGUGGACGAGAAGGGGCAUUACCACAUCGAAGCCGAGGACCUGGUUGACGUGGCCUUCCCGACGUUGGCCUUGUCGCCGCCCGCGGACCUAGCCGUUUUCUUCUUCGGCUAUGCCAAGCAGGAGUCCCUCCCGCAGGAGCCUGACACGUCACAGAUAGAGAAGCGAAUGCCGCUUCCCCCGGACCCGGACGACCCGAUGCUGCCGAACAACAGCUUGCCGCCCGACGAGGACGACGACCUGCAGGACGUCCCGAUCGCUCGGAUGCCUGACGCGUCCGGCGGUAUGGCUGGUAUACGUUUUGUUGGAGUGACAAAGGAGCAGUGUCCUCGUGAAGUUCGCCAGCUUGUCGCUCGUAUGCACUGUAACUUGGGACAUCCGGUGCCCAGCGAGUUCUUCCAGUUCCUGGCUCAGAGAGGCGCCUCGCAGGCCACGCUGCUGUGCGCCAGAGCGCUGAGGUGCCCGGCGUGCCUUCGUCGCAAACGGCCUCAGCGACAGCGGGAGUCACAGAUUCCAAGAGUGGGUCUGUUCAACGACUUAGUCAAGGGCGACUUGUUCUACGUCAUGACCCACGACGGUACGACACACGCACUCUUGGGACUGGUGGACAAAGCUACGAGACUACAUGUGGUGUGUCGGAUUGCUUCACGCGAACCAGGAGACGUCUGGGAGAAGUUCCAGACGUGCUGGCUCACCCCGUUCGGGAUUAUGCAGAUUCUGGUUGUCGACCGGGACGGCGCCUUCGAAGCCGUGUUCAUGGACAACUGCCACACGUUGGGAAUCGACGUGAGGUACGUGCCGCCGGGAGCUCACUGGCAGUUGGGCCUGGCCGAAUCCGGCAACUACGCCUGGCGCCGAGUCUUCGAGAAGGUGAUCGACGUCAUCCUACCGACGAUGCCAGAGCACGUGGACCUUGCGAUCAUCUCGACGAGCCACGCCGUAAACCAGUCAGUGCGCCGAGCAGGCCGCGCCGCCUAUGCCGCCGCCUUCGGACGGGUACCCACACUUCCGACCGAGCUCUUGGCUGACACCACGUCCGCCGAGUUCUGGCACAAUUGCACCCAGGAUGAGAUGCUGGCCUACGGGGAGAGAUGCCGCAUUGAGGCGCUCAAGGCGAUCGCCGACCUGGAGGCCGACGAGGCGCUGCGCACCUCCAUCCUCCGCCAGCCUGUCAACCGCAAGGAGUACGACUUCCUCUCGGGACAGCGCGUGGCAGCCUGGGGCGAGCAUGGUCGCAAGCGACGGGGCAAGACGCCCGUGGCAGGGUAUCGCUCGGGCACCGCACUGUGCAGGCCAGAGCGGUACCCGGCGUCGAACCCAGCGUCGAGCCGAAGGCGAAGCUCCAGAGCCCGCUGCGCCCUUUCCGUGGCCGGCACCGCCUCAGUUUGGACCAGUCAGAACACGAGAGCGCUCUGCGACGCCCACGCCGAGGAGAUCAGCACCUCAUACCCGCGAGUCGUCCGCAGCUCGACCACCAUCGAGCGGUUCGGCACCUUCGACGGUUAUCGCACCACCACCGGAGAAGAAAUCCCGACCAGGACCCGCGUGUUCUCGAGCCUGGCGGAGGUCCAGGAGGCCUACGAGGCGCACCUCUUGCCCAUCGAGAACUUCGAGAACGACCCGAUCGACGACAGCGAGCCGGACGACGACUGGACAAACUGCCUGUACAUGACCUCCCACGAGCUCUCCGACCUCAGGGACGGCGAGAUGGACGUGGACUGUGCGACAGCACAGGUGGGCGACACGACGGACUCGAACAACCUGUCGAGACGCGAGCAGCGUCAACUGGAUCGUGAAAUCCCCUGGCGGGAGAUCGCAGAGUACCCGGAGGACCAGUUCAUGGAGUACGUCAAGGCCUUGCGCAAGGAGUGCCAGAACUGGGACACCUGGAAGUCCGUUCGGGCCUGCUCGCAGGAGGAGGCCGAACAAGUUCGUCGUGACCCUCAUCGCCGCAAACGGUGCAUCCGCUCGCGCGUGUGCUACCGGGACAAGAACUUGGGGUUUCCGCCGUUGAAGGCCAAGGCUCGCCCGGUGUUGCUGGGGUUCUCCGACCCCGACCUGGAGAAGUUGCCGCGUAACGCCCCGGUGCUGACCGACGCUGGCAAGAAGUUGAUCUGCCAGAUCGCGGUCUCGAAUGACUGGCGAGUCGGGACCGGAGACGCGGAGAGCGCCUUUCUCCAGGGAGGCGCCCAGAGCGAGCGCGAGGAGGCGAUCUACAUGAUUCCGCCCAAGGACCCGAUAGUUCAAGCCGCCGGAGUCUUCACCGCCCCACUCUACGAGGUGGUCGGCAACCUGUACGGUCAGUCGACGGCGCCGUACCUAUGGUACAAGCACGUGGUGACGACCUUCCUGGCGCUGGGCAGCAAGCUCCACAGUCCGUACAGCGGAAGUUUGUUUGUUCAUCAAGCGGCCUACACUAAGGCGAUUGCAGUCACGAAGGUUGGAGUUAUGUCCAGCACUCGGUCUUCUUCUAAGCUGACGCGCUCUGAGCGCGAAGAUCUGGAGUCUGCUGUCGGUUCGCUCCAGUGGUUGUCCGGACACACACGUCCAGACUUGUCAGCCGCGGUUUCCCUUGUCCAGAGGACCGACCCCGAGCUGAACGACCUGCGGAUGGCCAUGAAGCACGUAGAGUACGCGCACCGCACAGCCCAGACUGGCAUCCUGAUCGUCCGCGUCGAUAUGAGCCGCGCCUGCUUCGUGAGUUUUGCAGACAGCUCAUGGGCGAACGCUCCCGGAUUGAAGACCCAGAUCGGCACCCUCAUCUUUCUGGCAGACGAGGUGAUACUCACCGGACCCACGUCAUGUACUCUCUUGUUUCACAAGUCCAAGAGAACGCCGAGAGUGGUGAGAUCUACGCUGGCUGGGGAAGCUAUCGCGCAGGACCUGGGAGUGGACUACGCGUCGUACUUGUCGAAGUUCCUGUCCGAGAUGUUGACCGGACGGCCUGCUGGCCGACACCCCCCGAUCUUCGAGGUUAUCACCGUUACCGACUGCAAGUCUCUGUACGAUGCCCUCCACCAGCUCACCCCGAGUUUGUCUGAGAAACGUACUGUGAUCGACGUGAUUUCCAUUCGUGACGAGGUGAAGGUCAAGAACGUCAGAUGGAUCCCUACGACGCACAUGAUAGCCGACGGCAUGACCAAGGAGGAUCCGAAGCUUCGUGAGAAUCUGACCAAGUUCCUGGCGGAUCCAGUGCUGUCGCUCGUGGAGUCGAUUGCUUGCGAGGAGCUGACCGGUGGGGAUGGCCAAGUACAGAAGAAGUGA